CAUGUAUCUUCUGGGAUAUUACCUUGUUGUUUUGUUGACGGUGGUAGUUACCGUAAGAGCCGGAAGAAAUGUUCGGGCAAAAGAUUUAAAGGUUACCUUACCAAGUGGUGAUAAGAUGUCUAUGAUAGGAUUUGGAACUGGAGGUAUUAACGGAGUUAAAACUAUGACAAACAUUUUAGAUGAUGCCUUAAGUGCAGGUUACAGACUGAUAGAUGCGGCAGCCUUUUAUGAAAAUGAAGAAGACAUCGGAAUUGCUUUAAAAGAACUUUUGCCCAAACACCAUCUAACAAGGAAUGACAUUUUUAUUACAUCAAAAUUAGCCCCAAAAAAGGACUUAUUCGGUGAACAUGCUUACGAAGCUUUAAAACAAGCAAUUCAGCGUUUUGGAACUGAUUACAUUGACUUAUAUCUUAUACAUUUUCCUGGAUACUUCCCACUUCCUGAGCCAAAUAUGAACUUCUCGGCAUUGAGAGACGAGACCUGGAAACAGCUGGUUAAAGGACAGAAAGAAGGAUUGGUCAGAAACAUUGGAGUGUCGAAUUAUAACAUCAGACAAUUAAAAGAAUUAUUAAGAAAUGAUCAUGGCGUUAAACCAGCAAUCAACCAGGUGGAAUGGCAUCCUGACUAUCAUCAAGAUGAACUACUAAAAUUUUGUAAAAAACAAGGAGUAGCACUGCAAGCUUACUUUUCUUUGGGAGGCGUCAACAAUAAAACGGUUUUACUGGAAAAACCUGAGGUUAAACAAAUCGCAAUCAAAUUAAGAAAAAGCCCCAGCCAAGUUCUUUUGAAAUGGGCUUUGCAACAAAACGUCUUAGUAGUUCCGGGAUCUCGAACCAGGAAGCAUAUGGACCAAAAUUUGGAUCUGAAUUUCAAAAUACCGGAGGCAGAUAUGAAGAUUUUGAAUAAUUUGAAGCAGGCGGGCAGAAUUAGUAUGUUUCCAGACAUAAUUAUAUAAUUUGAUGUUUUAAAUAGUUAACUAUAGAUUUUUAUUAGUUUCACAAAUACAUGAG